UAGAGAGCAUGUUAGUUUAUAUUGAAGUGUUGUUUCUGACUAUGUUACGAGAACGAGAGUUAAUAAUCCAGGCUUACUUACAUGGCUAUAUGUUAUAUAAAAGACUCAUUACGCUCUGAAGAAUUCGAAGUAAGAGUUUACUAUCAGAUUUUGAGCAAAACAAAAAUGUCCCGAGAAAUCAUGCGUGCAAUUGGUAAGCUGGCGGAAGUCGUUAUACUUGUGUGUAUUAGGAAGUAAUAUAACUUACGAAAUAUAAUAUACAGAUAUCGAAAAUGGGAGCGGACCAAUCUCGAGUCUUUUUCUAAAUGAGAAUGUUCCUAAACCCACACCUUCGACUUCUCAGGCUCUGGUUAAGAUUCAUUCUUUUGGUCUUAAUCGGAUGGAUUUGAUGCAACGUGAGGGGAAAUAUAAUGUACCCUCACAGGCGGGAAAGAUUCUAGGGGUGGAAUUUUCGGGAGUGAUUGAGAGACUUGGGGACGGAGAUGUGGGGGAUUUUAAAAUUGGGGAUGAGGUUUUUGGGCUCGCGUAUGGAGGUAUGAUGUUUCAUUUAUAUGGACUUUUAGAUGCUGAUUGUUAGAUAAAUAGGAGCAUAUGCGGAAUAUUUGGCAUCGUCAACGAAGAUGCUCAUUCAUAAACCAGCUGAGAUGCCUUGGUCUGUAGCUGCUGGAAUUCCAGAGGUAUGUAUCAUUGCCUCUACGUAAUCAAAGCUAAGUCUAACAUGAUACUAGACAUGGAUAACGGCAACCCAAGCUUUGCACCUCGUAGGAUGUUUCAAACCAGGAGAUAAUAUCCUCUGGCACGCUGGAGCAUCCGCUGUAUCCAUUGCCGGGAUCCAAUUAUCUAAAGCUGCUGGCGCCAACAAGAUAUUCGUGACAGCGGGUUCUGAUGAGAAGAUAGCGUUCUGUAAGAGCUUGGGGGCUACACAUGGCUUUAAUUAUCAUACGGAAAAUUGGGUCCAAGGAGUGCUCGAUGCGACUGAUGGACAUGGAGCUGAUGUAAUUGUUGACUUUAUUGGCAAGAACUACGCCCAGGGAAAUCUUGAAGCAGCAGCUAUGGAUGGAAGGAUUGUCCAACUGGCUAGUCUUAGCGGGUACAAACUUGAUGGCUUGGAUAUUGGUCCGCUUGAGAAGAAGCGUUUGCGAUGGGAGGGCAGUAGAUUGAGAAGUAGACCUUUGGAGUACCAAGGCAGACUGAGAGAUGUGCUGGCUGAAAGUGCGCUGCAAAAAUUCGCUGAUGGAACUUUUCAGGUUCCUAUUGAGAGGGUUUUCUCUUGGAAGGAUAUUAGGCAGGCACAUAUGUUGAUGGAAAGCAACCAGUCGAAAGGGAAGAUUAUCUGCAUGGUCGAUUGAUGACGUAAUUAGGCGCAAUGAUAAUGGUGGUACAACAGUUGGUCUCCAUGGAGCCGUGAUGAAUGGACCAGAUGUCUAGGCAACACACCUUGUUGGUGAAAAUGAGUCAUUGGCAAGAAUGGUGACUGGACGAAUCUAGUAGACUAAUGCCAGAGCACUUGAUUAUUUAAAGUCAAAAGUCAAACACAUCCCCAAAAUACAUUCCCCAGACACACUCCAC